AUGGACCUCAAGAUGAAAUGUGAAGUCGACGGGGCUCCUCCAUGUCGUCGCUGUCGUCAUACGAACGCUCCAUGUAUCUUCAAGCCUAGAUCAAAUGUACUGAUCGCAUUUGCCUCAGUGCUUCACUGGAAAGCUGCAGCGGUCCAAUCAAUCCCUGAACGGUCACAGAGUGUGCAGGGCGCGCUCGUGUAUCAUCCUUCGUCUCCCGAUCAGGAUUCUUCGUCUAUCCUCGGGCGUCUGGAGCGGAUCGAGUCACUGCUAGGCAUUGGUAAAGAGGGAAACAGGUCUUCAUUGCUGACCAUCGACCCCGACCUGGAGGAAGAGUCUGACGAUGUGUCUUCCCGUGGACUUUGGAAAGCUGUUGAGCGUCUUAAGAUCAUCACCAGUCCGCCUCAGGAUCAGAAUAUCUGGUCAUAUGCGGUCGUCACACGUUUAUGGAUCUCCCCUCUACCGGAGCUUGCUUCGUUAGCAGGGGGGUAUUUCACAGCUAUUUGCAGUGCGAUCUCCGAGCUUGUUGUUCCAAGUGCACGGCCUGGCACCUCUGGCUGGACCGGAAGCCAUAUCUCCUCAUCCUCAAGUGCCGAACAUACGGUGUUCCAGGAUAUUCUCGGCCUUAUUAUGGCCAGCCUAAGUUGCGAAGCGUACAUUGAAACUACAGACAAGUGGAUAGCCCUCGCGUACCGGCUUCUACUUGACCACUGCCCGUCCAACCUGGAAGACGCAACAUAUGAUUGGCGUCGUCUGUUCUCUGGCAUUCAGGUAAUCGACAUAGAACAUGCCUCCAUGCACAUGCGUUAUCCCCUUCUUCCCAGACAGCCACCCAUACCGGCUCUGCAACACUUGGAUAGCCAACAUGACAGUGCAUUUCGCGGCCUCUCACAGAUGAUGCAUCAAGGCCUUAACCAUUUCGUGGGCCGGAAACUUCCAACUAUAUGGUCCUUCGUGAGUGCAAGGGAUUCAGAUGCCGUGCCCUCGGUCGGUACGCCUUUUACAGACAAGGAUUCUCAAGUUAUUCGGCUGUGGGCCAAGAAACUUGAUGAGUGGCUGGUUCAAUACAACGGAGCGUCGCCUCGUGGCUUCGACCUGGGCUCUGCGAACAUCACCCCGAGCGAACGGCAGGAGCUUCUUAUGUCGGCGCGCGCUGUCCUGCGAUUGCGGCAGGAUGAUUCAAGUAUCUGGUCGAACUGGGAUCUGAUUCUGAACACUUUGAAACGGAGCGAUCCGUCUACACUAAGCAUCCACGGCGUCCUUGCAGAACGGCUCCAGUCAGGAAUACAGAGUAUGCACACCCCGCCGGACAAUGGACCUGAUUUUGCGUUCCCGGCGCCGAAUAUGGAUUAUUCGUGGACCAUCUUUGAUCAGCAGAUCAUGAAUCUAGCCAACCCGCCUUGGCUUUUUGAUGACUCUUCCCAAGCGCCGCCAUGA